AUGCGGUGGCGCACCUAUCGCUCCUUCUCAGAGCUGACGCGUGCGGCGCUGAGGCACGCCGUCGCCGAGAAGAAGUUGGAGCUGUCCGCGAACGACGAGGGGCGCCUCAUGGAGGCCUACAACGGGCUGAAGACGUUCCCCGACGUCGGGGCGGCCAUGGCCGUCGUCGAGGGCGACGGGUCCGUCGACGCCUACGUCUUCUCCAACGGCACCGACGACAUGGUGGGCGCGUCAAUGAGGACGUCGCAGGCGCUGUCGCGGAUGAGUGGCACGUUCGGCCCGGGAAAGCUGGUCACGGUGGAGGAGGUGCGGUGUUUCAAGCCCGACCCGCGGACGUACGGCUACUUUGCAGAGAGGGCCGGCAUGUCUGGCAGGGAGAGUGAGAUUUGGCUCGUCAGCUCGAACCCGUUCGACGUCCUGGGCGCGAGGGCGGCCGGGUGGCAGUCGGCAUGGAUCGAUAGGGGCGGCACGGGGUGGGUUGACGCCCUGGGUAGCAUGAUUGACAGGGAGCCGACGAUUGUUGUCACGAGCGUUGACAAGGCCAUCCAAAGAAUCGUGGAACUGUCCAAGUCACGAAGCUAG